AUGGCCCGAAGUGAAUCUCCUAUCAUUAUCCCCCAGCAGACCAAGCUUCCCUUGACCAAAGGAGAAGUCACAGUCCUUAGGGCUCACCUGGAAGACUGGAGGUCUGUGAAAGGUAAACAGAGAGCACUUGUUUUGAAUGCCAUACACAAGGAAGCUGGCCUCCAAGCUCCCACCCAGGAAAAAGUCAUAUUGAAAUCCUGGAAAAAGACUUACAAGGAGUGGUUGUUCAACCAAUGUCAAUGGAAAGGAGCUCCAAAGCCUCUUAUCAAGUAUGGCAGGAGAUGGACAGGUCACCGAGUCCUGGUUCAGCAGAACAAGGCCCAUAUCCGAGAACAGACUGGAGAAACUCCUGGGAGUGAGCAGAUGAUUGUGAAGUGGCCCGAGGCUACCAAGACUAUUCUUGCAGGUCUGUUGGCAGAGGAGAAAGAGGAGGCAAAUGCAAUUGCAGAGAAGUGGAACAAUGAGGCUGCUCCACCUGAAGUCCAGGCCAAUGUCGCCGAGACCAAAGGUGCCGACAUGAUAGAGCAUUUUGCCACUGAAAUGUUCAAGCAAGCAGGAAUGAGGGUCUUUGUUCUAUCGGCAUGGCAGGAUGGCAGAGGCAAGCUAAUGGUGGGAGGACACGACUUCAAUGAUCAGUUUGGUGGCGCUGAUAGCUUUUUGAAGACAAGGGGUUGGGAAGGAAUCUUCAUGCCAGAAUGGCAAGAAUAUGCAGGAGAACAAUUUGAUACUACUAAAGAUCAGGAUGUUCCUCAGAUUGUCAUGUCCAAGAAAAGAGGCCUCCGGAAGCUCAUUGAACUGGAGGAAGACGGCGAUGGGUGGCCGAUGCUCCUUGAGACAGCCAGCUGGAAAUGCGGCGAUCAACAGCAUGUCAUUCGAUCUUUCCUGAUCAGGCAUUACAGAAUGUGCAUUGGGACGGAGAAAGUCAAGGUGGUGGUGCCCUGGGGCGAUGUGGUCAAGAAUCAAUCAGACUUCUUCGACAGCACCUACUGGCCCGCCGACGUACAGCUAUCAGAGCCAUCAAAGAUGGACAAAGCAGAUACCACUGCUUUGUUGGAUUUUUGUGACGGCGACAUGGAAAAACCAUCAAAGUCUUUCCUGAAAGCAGUAUGCCGAGCAACUCAUAAAGCCAUGGGCCAUGGGACUUGGAAGCCCACAAAUGCCAAAAAAGCUCAACAUGACAAGAGCACAGAUGAGGAAGAGGACCAGAUAGAAGAGCAUAGGUCAUCUGCCGACGACAAUGAGGAUGAAUUAAGCGUCACCGAUGACCCAGACCCUAGGUCACUGGCACAGGUAACACGCACCGGACACCGGGUUACAACUCAGGUCUUUGAUUCAGACAACACAGAUAGUAAUGCAACACCGCCUGCCAAGUCAAAGGCAGCUGUAGUUCGGUCCAAAACCUCAAAGCUGCCGCUGAAAGCAGUUGGCGCACAGACCAGAAGCAAGGAUCGCGGUGUUGAGAUUGUGAAUAAUCAACCCAAGGCGGCGAAAUGGCGCGCUGCUGAUCCUGUGUGUGACACACCAGCAAAGAGGACCAGAAGCAAGGUGGCAGUCACUGAAGCUUACAAGGCCAGACGGAAUGGGAAGUGA